AUGUCCACCGAAACUGCUUUAUCAUACGCCGCUUUGAUUUUGGCCGACUCCGAUAUCGAGAUCACCAGCGAGAAAUUAUUGUCAUUGACUAAAUCAGCUAAUGUUGAAGUUGAAGGUAUCUGGGCUGACUUGUUCGCAAAGGCCUUGGAAGGUAAGGACUUGAAAGAGUUCUUCUUCAACUUCUCCGCUGCCCCAGCUGCUGCUGCCGGUGGUGCUUCUGCUGCUGCCGCCGGUGGUGACGCUGCUGCUGAAGAAGCUGCCCCAGAGAAGGAAGAAGAAGCUAAGGAAGAGUCUGACGACGACAUGGGAUUCGGUUUAUUCGAUUAA